AUGGAGAUGGCAGCGGUGACGAGGGAUGGAAAGAAUGGCGGCGUCCCAGAAUGGCGGGUGACGGUGCCGGAGGGCGCGUCGGUGACGCUGGAGCACGAGGCCUGCCUAGCCGCGCGGGCAUGGGCGUGGAUGGUUUCUUGUGUGGUCGUGCUCGGGGAGAAGGUGUCCGGCUUCGCCAAGCGGAUAUGGAAGAUCGGCGCCGACGAUCCCCGGCGGGCGGUGCACGGCCUCAAGGUGGGCCUCGCGCUCGCGCUGGUCUCGGUGUUCUACUACACCAGGCCCCUGUACGACGGCGUUGGCGGCGCCGCCAUGUGGGCCAUCAUGACGGUCGUCGUGAUCUUCGAGUACACCGUUGGUGGCUGUGUGUACAAGGGGUUCAACCGAGCCGCCGCGACGGUCAGCGCCGGCGCGAUCGCGCUCGGCGUCCACUGGAUCGCGGCCAACGCCGGCCACGAGUUCGAGCCGUUCAUCCGCAGUGGCUCGGUUUUCCUGCUCGGUAAGUAUCCACGCGUGCCUGUACAUGAAUCGCGUAUCGUGUGCGCCCUAGCUAACGGUCUUGCUACGCGUUCCGUGCGUGCAGCUUCCAUGGCGACGUUCUCGCGGUUCAUACCCACGGUGAAGGCGCGGUUCGACUACGGCGUGACCAUCUUCAUCCUGACGUACAGCCUGGUGGCCGUGUCGGGGUACCGCGUGGAGGCGCUCCUGGCGAUGGCGCAGCAGCGGGUGUGCACCAUCGGCAUCGGCGUCUUCAUGUGCCUCUCCGUCUGCGUGCUCAUCUGCCCCGUGUGGGCGGGGCAGGAGCUGCACCGCCUCACCGUGCGCAACAUGGAUAAGCUCGCCGGCGCCGUGGAGGCCUGCGUCGAGGACUACUUCGCGGAGCAGGCGGACGGCAAGCAGCAGCCGCCGUCCGCCGGGGCGGACGGGUACAAGUGCGUGCUCAACUCCAAGGCGUCCGAGGACUCGCAGGCCAACCUGGCGCGGUGGGAGCCCGCGCACGGCAGGUUCGGCUUCCGCCAUCCGUACGAGCAGUACAAAAACGUCGGCGCCGCCAUGCGGCACUGCGCCUACUGCGUGGAGGCCCUGAGCGGGUGCGUCCGCUCAGAGAUCCAGGCGCCCGAGCACGUCAAGCGGCACCUCGCCGACGGCUGCACGACGGUGGCGGCGCGGUGCGCGCGGGUGCUCGGGGAGGCCGCGAGCUCCGUCAGCGCAAUGACUACGUCGUGGAGCCUCGAGUUCGCCGUGGCCGACAUGAACACCGCCGUGCAGGAGCUCCAGAGCGACCUGAGGGAGCUCCCGUCCAAGCUGGCCGAGGAGUCGCCUGCGACGGUGAUCGACGCCGUGCAGCUCUUCACGGUCACUUCGCUGUUGAUAGAGGUGUCCACCAGGGUGGAGGGCGUCGUGGACGCGGUCGACACGCUCGCGAGCCUCGCCGGCUUCAGAUCAGCGGACGCGAAACCUGAAGCUUCAGAAACCGAAACCAAAGCGAUCAAUCCAGACUCGGACGAGGAAGCACACUGA